AUGAAAUCGACCACGGCGUCGAAGACUAUUGAAAAGCUUCGCACCGUUUUUGCAACGUUUGGGCUUCCCGAACAGAUUGUGACAGAUAAUGGUCCUCAAUUUGUGUCUGACGAAUUUGCAGUUUUCCUCAGAUCCAAUGCUGUGCAACACGUCAAGACACCUCCGUACCAUCCGGCUUCGAAUGGGGCAGCAGAGAGGCUCGUCCAGACGGUAAAGAAGAACCUUGUGCGCCAACUGCGAGACGAGAGGCGCUCGGGGCAAGCACGGACCAUUCAACACCGGCUGGACCAGUUCCUCUUCACAUACCGCAACACGCCAUGCUCCACGACUGGUAAGACGCCUGCACAGAGUUUCCUGUCUUGGGCACCGCGCACGCGUCUCAGCAUUUUACACCCUGAAUUAGCCAAGCGGUCAGAGCCUACUCCAUCUAGAGAUCAAGACCAGGGACAGAAAAAGAAGAGGCGGGAAUUUGAUGCAGGUGAACGGGUCCGGGUGAGAGGUAUCCGCCCAGGCGACCCGCACUGGUUAGAUGGAACGAUUGUUCGCCGUGUCAGCGUGGCAACUUACAUAGUCAAAGUGGAAGGCCAGGAGCGAUUCAUGCAUGCGGAUGACAUUGUUACUACAAGUACUCCUCUUAUUCUACCCAGAAUAGUGCGCAUCACUGGCACACCUCUAGCGCAACCUGGUCCGGCGACGCCUGAAGAAACGGAGGAAACUCCUACCGAGGUCCAGGAACCAACGUCUGAAGCUACAGAUUCUACCGCCACUGAAGAACCUCCUCCUGAACCUCUGCCACGCCGAAGCACAAGGGUUCGGCGACAGCCUGAAAGAUAUGGAUAUUAA